CACGCGGAGUUGGUCCAGUUCGUCGGGAUGCCUGCCGGGGCGCCGGACGGGGGGAUGAGCGAGCGAGCGCGUGCGUGAGAGCGGAGCGGACACCGCGUGCAGCAGGUGACUGAUCGGUGAUUGACUGAGCGACCGAGCGGAGUUCAAACGUCCAGGACUCUACUUUCUUCAUCCAUCACUCCUCCUCCUCCUCCUCCUCCGGGAUGAAGACGCCUCUGAGCCCGUCUCAGCUCCUUGACAGCGGGCAGAUCUUCGCCUUUGGUGGAGUGUGUCGGGAGCUGAUGGACACCCCCACAUGUACAACCAUCUCUGUCCAGCAGACUCCCUCCCCAGGUCAGAGCGGCUCCUACUCGCUGUGCGAGGUGUGUAACCUGCAGCUGACCUCCGCCGCUCAGGCCCAGCUGCACUACAACGGCCGCUCACACCUGAGGAGGGUGAGACAGCUGCAGGCCGGAGAGACGGGGCAGCAGACGGCAGCUGGGCCUCAGUCCAGGGCGCUUCCCCAGGCCACGGGGCUCCUCUCACAGCCUGCAGGACUGACUCCCACCCCAGGCCUCAGCCCAGGCCUCCGGGCUCCGUGCAGCACGACUCCAGGAAGCAGCUGUGGCGCAGCGGGCGGGACGCUGCCGGGCCUGAUCGGCGCCACCGGACCCUCAGUCAUGAUGAAGCCCUUCCUCUCGUUUCCCGUGGAGACGACGUCCCCGGUGGGACUUUUCCCAAACUUCAACACGAUGGACCCGGUGCAGAAGGCCGUCAUCAACCACACCUUCGGCGUCACGAUGAUACCGAAGAAAAAGCAGGUGAUCUCCUGCAGCGUCUGCCAGCUGAGGUUCAACUCCGAUUCCCAGGCUGAGGCUCAUUACCGAGGCAGCCGCCACGCCAAGAAGCUCAAGUCACAGGAGAACAAGGCCAAGGCCAAGCCGCCAGCCGCCGCCGAGGCCAGCGAGAGCAGCUUUAGCCCCGCCCCCAACCUCUCCAGCACCAAUCAGCACGCAGAUCUCAUCUCCAGCCUCACCGACUCGCCCGCUGCUUUCAAAGCCUUCCUCCUGCCCUCCUCCUCCUCCUCCCCCCUCUCCUCCUCCUCCCCCUCCUCCAGCAGGGCAGGCAGUGAGCCUCCGCCCUCCAGCCCCCCCUCUGCCCUCCCGGCUCCGGGCCUCUGCCCAUCCUCCUCCUCCUCCUCCUCCUCCUCAUCUUCCUCUUCAUCGUUCAAAGCUUCCCCUCCCCCUCCUCCUCCUCCUCCUCCUCCGGCUCCACCUGCCACCUCCUCCCCUCAGCCCCCCGCCCCCCAGGCCUCCUCCCAGGAUGCUCCUGUGUCGGCGGAGUCGGAGGAGGAGAAGGCGAAGAAGCUGCUGUACUGCUCUCUGUGCAAAGUGGCCGUCAACUCGCUGUCUCAGCUGGAGGCUCAUAACGCAGGUUCGAAGCAUAAAACGAUGCUGGAGGCUCGCAGCGGCGCCGGGCCAAUCAAAGCUUACCCCCGACCGGGAGCCAAAGUCAAGAACGGCAGCAACCCGGGGCUGAAGGGCUCCGGCCUGCAGAACAAGACGUUCCACUGCCAGAUCUGCGACGUCCACGUCAACUCCGAGAUCCAGCUGAAGCAGCACAUUUCCAGCAGGAGGCACAAGGACCGAGUGGCUGGAAAACCCAGCAAACCCAAAUACAGUCCGUACAACAAGCAGCAGCGCGGCUCCCUCACCAAGGAGCUGGUAAAGCCUUCCCUCUCUCCGUCCUUCCUCUCCGCUCCCUUCGCUCCCCCCUCUCCCUCCAUCUCCCUCCCCCCCUCCUCGCUGUCCUCCUCGCCGCUCCUGACGCCCUCGUCCUCGCCCCUCGCCCCGGCCAUCUCGCUGCACCCCCGGCCGCCGGCGUCCUCGUCGCUCUUCGCCGCCUCCUUCCUGCGUCCGGCUCCCGGACCGAUCAGAGCCAGCCAGGGAUCCAUCCUCUUCACGCCGUACUGACGUCUGAAGGCGACGUUGGCGACCUUUGACCCGCCGUGCGCCGGGGCUGGCGAGGAGACGUGCGGGGAUUCGAACCGGCAGCUUCCUCGCCGGGAUGAGGCUCCACAGAGAGACAGGAGGGGACGGACUGUCCUCCUGGAAACUGGCAGCCCGAACAGCGAGGCUGGAAGAACAGACCGCAGACCUGAACUGGAUCCGGCCAGAGGACGAAACGGUUCACAUAUCGGAACAGCAGGAAGUAUUUCAUAAACAAAAAAAAAACCUAAUAAUUGUCCAGGAAGCAAUAACCGAUCAUGGAAACUCUUUCAUGUUUGGAAAAGGAAACGCAGCUUCAUGUUGUCUUAAGUUCUUGUGAUGCUCUUGUGAGACAGGAGGUCCAGAGAAACAGGUCAUCUACAGCUUCAUAGCUUCACCCUGAAAAACCAAAUUCUAUGUGUAUGAAUCGAACGAUAAGCAGAAUACACAACAUCCGUUCAUGUUUUCCUGCUGAAGAUGAAUCUUAUGAGAUGAAUGAGGCUGAGAAAGUCUCAUUUCAGCUCAUUUCAUUUAGAGAAGCUGCUCCUCUCCUGCCGCCGUCGGAGCGGCGAACCAGCACAGAAAGAUGUCAGGAAACCCUUUAGACGCCUCCCGUGGUGAACGUGACUUCCUGCAGCCUCCCGGCUUUGUGUCAGAGCUGAAUGAGUAAAAUUAGAGGUUAAAGCAGGUGGAACUGAGUUCAAUCAUCAUAUUACGGAGAACAUUUUAAAUAUGGGAAUAAAGCGGCGUGGCCAAGCACACGAUUCACCAGCUAUAGCACAGUGUUCAAGUAAAAAAGAGAAAACUUUUCCCCCGUGCUUACUUUGUUUUUAUUUCCUCUUGUAUCAACGUCUGUCUUCACCUUUUUCUCUAUUUUCAGUCACAUCUUGUACGUUUGUCGUUUUAAAAUGUUACAUUUGAACAAUUCAGACUCUAAAUCACUGAUAAAAAUCAGCUUUUGAAACCUUAAAAGAUGUAUUUAAUGUGUAAUUAAGGCCAAAAACGCAGUUAGUCACCUGCAGAAUUAUCUUGUACUAACCUGCUCAAAGGAACUCGAUCUAUCUCUUGACUCAAGGUUAAGAAGAAAACUGGACGUAUUCGAAUCAGUGAAGCUCGUUCUCGUCUCUUCAUGCAGCUCAGUGUGCUGAAUCCACCUGGAGCAUGUUUUACCAUCAGGUUUCUCUCCGUCUCCUGUUAAAUGAUGCUUUUUCUCUGGACUGGGCUACUUCCUGGUUUUACAGUGAAAAAAGGGCCUUUGGACGUUUCUUACGUUCGAGCUUCCUACGAUUUCUGAAGUUUCUUGAGGCUGAAACGUCUGAGAGGAAACUUUUCUCAAAGACUUGGGGACAAACUCAACACCAUGUCACUGGAUUUCAUCUCAGCGUUCACCAAGAAAUCAACUGUUUCUGGAAUAAGCUCGCUCACUUUCAACAGGCAAAGCAAACCUAUCGACUCUUACUAUCGGUUCUUUGCUUUUUUAUUUAUAGUGUUUAUUGUAAAUACUUAACGUCUUUUUCUUGACUUUAGAAUAACUGCUUAAAUAUGAACAUUUUAGCACUUUGGUCCACCAACAGAAUCAUCACUGGAGAAUGUGAGACGCGGUAUUACUCCACCAAAUGUCCUCUGAACAGGUUCAGUCUGAGCGAUCUGAUGCAUAUUCAGCUCUGGAAUGACUUUGAGCACAGGAUCAACUCUCCACACACACUGGUCUCAUGAACCGGGCUUUAAUUCAGUUUGUUAAACUGUAAGGUGGAAACAUGGAGGAAGAAAAGCUAUGAAGUGGACAUCGUCACACACUGAUCCAAAGUCACAGUCUUCCUUGUCGCCAGCGUCGUAUUUAUCAGAGAAAAAUGCUGAAUGUGUGCAUUUCUGCAAAGCACAGAUACAACGAAUCUUAGCAUUUGGAGGGUUCUGUCGCAAAAAUUCUUGUUAAUUUAGGCCAGAAAUUGGCGUCUUGUUGCUGUUCCUUGUCAUUCCCUCCUUGUUCCUUGGCAUUAUACAGUGAAGAGCUGGAGUCUCUGCUCCUGAAUCACCUGAUAGGGUGAGAAUUCUGUGACAGUGACGGGUUCCUGCUCCGUUAAUCUUCUAUUUACCGGGAGAUUUGCUCCCCAUUAAUCAUGGAGUCGCUCCGUCUUCCUGACAGCAACAUGACGGACGUCCAGCUGUACCAGACGCGUCAAGAUCAGCAGGUUUGUAAAAGGCCUGUCUGCAGGUUUGUGGUUUAACGCCACUGUAGUGUUUCUUCACUGAAGAAUCUCGAUGAGAGGGCGUCUUCCUCCAGACAACACAUGUAGCUUCAGCUGAACCCUAACAGGGAAUCAGUCAUUUUUACAGUCAGAUGGUUUAUUUAACCUCCAUAAAUGUGUUUUAACCAAACAAAACUGCCAUUUGCCAUCUGAAAGAAAUGUAAAAUUUGGCUAUUACUAUUGAUAUGGGUGGUUUAUGUGAAUGUCAGCUGUUGUUGGACAGCAGCAUGAGCAGAUUAACAGCAUAAGCAUCUUCCUGUGAUCGGUAAUUGAAUUUCUUUGAGUGAUUUUCGGUGGUUUUCUACUUCUCUGUGUUCUCUCAUCCGUCUUCCUGCCUCCUCCUGAAUAACUUGAAACAUCUUGGUCUUCCGGUAAACUAACAAACAGGUUAUAAAGAGCGUCGCGUGUCUGUGUGUGUGUAUAUCUAUGCAGUAUUUGGUCAGACGGUGCAGUAACUCAUCAACACGUAAACAAUGAGAAGAAGUGUCAAGUGUCAAAUCUAUGUGAGCGGAAAACAAAAGAAACAUGUAAGAUGUCGUCUUGAUGCAAUAAUGUACAGAUCACUGCUGCUUUUUUUUUUUUUGUUUUACUUGCUCCUCUUCAUCAGGAUCUGCUGAGCCCACAGGGGCCCGGUCAGAGGGAGUGUUUGAUUCUGUGAGUGUUUCUGUGCUUUUUCAAAUGAAAAUCGACCGUCUGAAGUCGCCACUUUGUUUCCAAACUAAAAAUCAUUUUCCAUUUUACUGGAAAGUCAUGUGAACGGCGGAAUGACUUAAAGCCUCCUUCAACACAAUGUCUGAGCUGGAUUUGAUUUCCCAGUAUUUACACAGUUUUAUUGACAUCGAGAGCAGAGCAUCUCCCAGAUUGGAUCAACACUUUCAGCCGCCAGUCGCACAGACUGAGGUGAUGCAGAAAAGGCAAAUGCAAAGAUGCAUGAUGCAGAUAUUUGGCUCCUUUUAACCAAAAGGGGGGAUAAAAAGGCACAAACACAAGUUUUUAAACACCUGAAGGAAUGUAUUCUUCACUUGACAGUGUCUUCAGGUGUUAAAAUACAUUUUCUAAGCUGCACCACAAGAUCUUUUCCCCCAGAAAUCUGACAAGUUUCAGCUUCAAAUACACACUUUGAAAUGUACAAAACUCCACCGAGUGGCAGCAGUCACUUUUCAGUUUUCUGGUGUUGACCGUUAGUGAGCUUUAGAUCCCGACGGUGCGUGGUGCAGUUUGUUGAAGCACUUUGUUAACCAUGGUAAUCCUCUGUUUUAACAUUAGUUCACCCUUUCUUAUGAUAGGAACAGGGCUUGAAAACGUGUUGUCUCAGUCAAAGUCCCAGCCUCAGUCCCAUCUUCAAGCCAAAUGAGGAUGAAGGAUGAGACUCUGUCACAGAGCUGGAAAAAAAAAACAAAAUUAAAAGGAAAAUGACCAGGAGGAUGACCCCUGACCUCCAGACUUGUCCUGCUGCUGCUUCCCUUCCUGAAGCUCAGUGGCGGCCCCACAGGGAGACACGCCCCUCGCUUUGAGAAGCACCGCUCUAAGUACACCUGCCCCAUCAGUACAGUCUACCUCCACCCUCCACCCAACCUUUCAAACAGCUUUUAGUUUGUCUUUUAGAAUAACUGUCUGUUUUAAAGUCUGCACACACAGUUCAGGUUGGGUCGGUUCACUCUGAGCGUUUAGAUUCAAACCCUGCAGGGAGGAUCUGGAGGACAUUUGGCUUCCUUCACGUCUCAGCUUCUCACAGACUCGUCUUCCUGCAGCGCGUUUGGGAGCAAUACGCCGAAAAACCUCCGACAAACCCUCAUCAGCGUCCUCAUGUACAGUAUUUAUUCUCUGAGUUUGUCUUUAUCUGGCUGAUGAUGAAGAUGAUGAUGAAGAUGAUGAUGAAGCUGAUGAUAUAUGCAAAUGUUGUCGGUAUGUAACAUUUCUCCUCUUCAUUUUAUUUCUGAAUGUUUGUUUUGUUUUGUUUUCAUUAAAAACUGCUGUACGUCCUC